CGUCCCUUUGUACACUCAUUUCCUACAGCUUGGCAGUGGACAUGCUGAGAUCGACAACAGACAUGAAAGAUUCGCUCGAUUAUUCAGGUGAUGUCAGACACGUGGUGGCUGUCAAGAAGAUUAAUUCACUUUGACAAGGCAGUCAUAUCAGAGUCACUGAAGUCAAAGUCCACUGAGCUGAUGAACAAAGUGCACUGACAAGAAAAUGACAUCCCUCCUUUCUUAUGUUCUAUCUGUCCUGAAAAAGAGACCCCCACCCAGACCAAGCAAACACAACCUCCCUCAACCCCGGGUCUGCCAUCUUGAACUGGGAGCAGACGUCAUUCGGGACAGGAAGGUCUUCGUAAUCGGUGACGUUCAUGGCUGCUAUGAUGAACUGUGUGAACUGAUAGACAAGGCUGAACAGAGAGAGCCAAAUAUUCUGUGUGUAUUUGUUGGAGAUCUCAUCAACAAAGGUCCAAAGAGCAAAGAAGUGCUAGAACUAGUUCAGAGCAUGGAGUGCUACUCGGUACGUGGUAACCAUGACGACGUGGUCCUCCAUGAAUACUACAAAUCCAUUGGGGACCCAAAUUACGCCAUGAAGGAAAAAAACAAAUGGAUCAAGGACCUGCCUUGGACAGAUUUUGAAUAUUUAAAAGACCUACCGUACACGAUAUCCAUUCCAAGUUUGAAUGCAACCAUAGUUCACGCUGGACUCAUUCCUGGCUGGGGAUUUGAAGGGCAGGACUUCAUAGCUAUGACUCACAUGAGGAAUAUAGAACAGUUUUAUACUAUAUUUCACGGUUCAUGUCCAAUCCUCAUCCCAUCAGAGAGUUCGAACGACGGAGUACCCUGGGCCUCGUUGUGGCCAGGCCCUGAUCAUGUGUACUUCGGUCAUGAUGCGGUGCGUGGUCUUCAGACGUAUCCAUACGACACAGGUCUUGACACUGGUUGUGUGUAUGGGAAGUCCUUGACGGGUAUAUUCCUGGAUGGAACGAGAGAGUUUAUAUCAGUGACAUCCAAACAGCCAGACAUGUUUAAAAAAGCUGAUUAAAGAUCUGAGACUUUG